GCUUCCUGUCUGCGUCAUCACUAACCCCAGAGCUAGCAUCCUCCUGUCAGAGUGCCGCCGAGCACGGUGUCUGGGAGGAACAAUGACAAGCUGAACGGGUUUUUUUUUUUAACGUAAUAUUUAUACGGGCUAAUCCGUGACAAUAGUAUUAAUUAAACCGAGCACUGAUGAAGAAAGCCUGAAGGCGUCGUCGUCCUGUUUAGCCUGGCCGAGCUAUGCUAGCUGUGUGACUUGUUAGGUUGUUAGCUUCAAGCUAACAAUGCACAAGAGAAAAUCAUAAAAGCGUGCAGCGCCUGAAACCCCCGGUUGUAACACCAUGAAUUUUGUCCGCCUCGUGUGUCGCCACAAGACUGCCCUGGUACUCAGUGUCCUCUGCUUCUUCGCAACCGUCCUCCUCUUCCUCGCCAAAUGCACCUCGGAGACGUUGAAACCUCCUGACUCGCCUGGCUCCGCACCACGCGCCCAACCCCGACCCGAACGUCCAGCAUCACCUUCCGACACCAAGGAGAUCUCGGCUUUCCUGGUGGUCCUCGUCACUACAGGUCCGAAAUACACAGAGCGCCGCAGCAUCAUCCGGAGCACCUGGCUCUCCAAAACUGACCCCGAUGUGCUUGCUUUGUUCGCGAUUGGCACCGAGGGCUUGCCGUCCGAAGACAUGCGGAAUCUGGAGACGGAGCAGACACGUCACGGAGACCUUCUGCUUCUACCCGAGCUCCGUGACUCCUAUGAGAACCUGACGCUGAAGCUGAUCCAUGCUUACUCGUGGCUCGAUCAGAAACUGGACUUCAAGUUCGUCCUAAAGGCAGACGACGAUACGUAUGCUCGUUUGGAUCUGCUUAAAGACGAGCUGAAGAGUAAAGACCCAAGACGCUUUUACUGGGGAUUUUUCUCCGGCAGAGGCCGAGUAAAAACAGCCGGGAAGUGGAAAGAGAGUGCCUGGGAGUUAUGUGACUAUUACAUACCGUACGCUUUAGGUGGUGGCUACGUGCUCUCCGCAGACCUGGUGCACUACGUUCACUUGAACUCUGCUUACCUGAAGACGUGGCAGAGCGAGGACGUUUCUCUGGGUGCCUGGCUCGCACCGGUCGACGUGAAACGACUGCACGACCCACGGUUUGAUACCGAGUACAAGUCGAGAGGGUGCAGCAAUAAGUAUUUGAUCACACACAAGCAGAGUCUGGAGGACAUGCUCGAGAAGCACCAGACGCUGCAGAGAGACGGGCGGCUGUGCAAGGAGGAGGUAAAACUGCGUCUAUCGUACAUUUACGACUGGAACGUUCCACCUUCACAGUGCUGCCAACGCAAAGAUGGUAUCCCUUGAUUUCCCUGAUGGUCUCACAUGUUUUGAGUGUUAUUUAUUCAUUUGGGUUGGGAGCUCCACCAGACAGCAGCUUACAUGGACUUAUUUCAGUCUUCUUUUCUACCUUUUGGGGUAAAUAUAAUGGACCUGGAUGCUGACUGGAUUUUCUGAAAGGGGCAACACUAAAUGAACAGAAAUCAUUGUGUGGAUAAUGGGGCUACAUUUAUUUAAUAUUACUUAAUAUUUAUUAGGAUUGUGCCAAUGCCUUGAGUAAGAUAUUCAUGUAAAAUCUAACGAGAACAAGAGAAGUGUCAGAAUGCUCAUAAGCAUCAAAAUGCAUUUGUAAAAGUGUAUAUUUCAACCUGAUGACAUCAUUUCCUUUUUCCAGCUCUUUGCCUUCAGUAAUUUAAUGUUGUUGUUUUUUGUACACUAACAAACAAAAAAAGUUCUCAGUCACUAAAAUACUGUAACAGGCAGUAUUAUGUAUAUUGGAUAUCUUUUUGCUUGUCAGAUAUUCUUUUUUAUUUCGAUUUUGAAAUAUCAGUUUACUGUUACUACUGAGCCCGAGUA